CCGAGCGCCAUGGCGCUGCGCGUGGCCGUGUUCGACCUUGAUGGGGUGAUGGCGAUGCCCUCGAUCGCGGGCGCCCUCCGCCGCACCGAGGAGACCCUGGCGCUGCCCAGAGGUUUCCUGAGUGAAAUUUUCCGGAGAGAUGGGCUGGAUGGCCCCAGUGCCCGCCUCAUGAGAGGAGAGAUCAUGUUUUCCCAGUGGGUGCCCCUCAUAGAAGAAAACUACAAGAAGUACGCUGAAGCCUCUGGAGUCCACCUCCCAGAGAAUUUCUCCAUAAGUCAAAUCUUUAGCAAAGCAGCGUCCUUAAGAAACAUCAACCGCCCCAUGCUUCAGGCCGCACUGGCCCUCAAAAAGAAAGGGUUUACAACGGUCAUCAUCACCAACAACUGGCUGGAUGAUAGCACUGAGAGAGGCAGUGUGGCCCGGCUGAUGAGUGAGCUGAGUCCGCACUUCGACUUCUUCAUAGAAUCGUGUCAGGUGGGGCUGAUGAAGCCCGAGGUGCAGAUGUACAAGUGCGUGCUGGACACCGUGAAGGCCAGUCCCAGCGAGGUCGUUUAUCUCGAUGACUUUGGGAGCAAUCUGAAGCCGGCCCGUGACUUGGGGAUGGUCACCAUCCAUGCCCAGGACACUGACACCGCCUUGAGAGAGCUGGAGAAAGUCACCGGGCUGCAGCUUCUCAGUCCCGCAGCGCCCCUGCCGGUCCCCUGCAGUCCCAGUGACGUGGGCCACGGGUAUGUGACCGUGAAGCCUGGGGUUCGCUUUCAUUUUGUGGAGCUGGGCUCUGGCCCCGUCGUGUGCCUCUGCCAUGGAUUUCCUGAGAGCUGGUUCUCUUGGAGGUACCAGAUCCCCGCUCUGGCCCGGGCCGGGUACCGGGUUCUGGCCAUGGACAUGAAAGGCUAUGGAGACUCGUCCUCCCCUCCUGAAAUAGAAGAAUACGCCAUGGAAGUAAUGUGUAAGGAGAUGGUAUCCUUCCUGGAUAAGUUGGGCGUCCCCCAAGCCGUGUUCAUCGGCCACGACUGGGCCGGCGUGCUCGUGUGGAAAAUGGCGCUCUUCUACCCCGAGAGAGUGAGGGCGGUGGCCAGCGUGAACACUCCCUACAGUCCGGACAACCCCAGCAUGCACCCCAUGGAGGUCAUCAAGAACAUCCCAGCUUUCAACUACCAGCUCUACUUCCAAGAGCCAGGAGUAGCAGAGGCAGAACUGGAACAAAACUUGAGUCGAACCUUCAAAAGCUUCUUCCGAACCAGUGAUGAGGGCUUUGUUACUGUGCACAAAGUCACUGAACUGGGAGGCCUCUUUGUGAAGACUCCCCAGGACCCGAGCCUCAGCAAGAUGGUCACGGAGGAAGAAAUCCAGUUCUACGUGCAACAGUUUAAGAAGUCUGGGUUCAGAGGUCCCCUAAACUGGUACCGGAACAUGGAACGAAACUGGAAGUGGGGUUGCAAAGGUGCUGGGCGGAAGAUCCUGGUCCCGGCCCUGAUGGUAACGGCAGAGAAGGACGCUGUCCUCACGCCGCAGAUGUCCAAGAACAUGGAGAACUGGAUCCCACACCUGAAAAGGGGACACGUUAAGGACUGCGGACACUGGACACAGAUGGAGAAGCCCGCUGAGUUGAACCAGAUCCUCAUUGAGUGGCUGGAUACGGAAGUCAAGAACCGGCCCAUGGUCUCCAAGAUGUAGCCGGUGGCUCCUUCCCCGCCACGGGGGGAGGGGGGUGCUCUUAUCCACACGUGGCCUUCACUUCACCUCUUGUAACCAGCAGCAUGGUUCCGAAGGGGGUGUGGACAAAAUGGCUUUCUUGACGUGAAAUCCUUCAAAGAUGCUGUAAUUUCAGAUCUAGGAGAAAUCGUGUGUUAUUAGGACUGAGCGUAAUUGCAUCCUCCACUGAUCUCUUAACAAUGGUAUCCUGACAUUACAGAAUGGGGACAGCUCAGUGGUGAUUUGCCUUCGACCAACCAGACUUUUGCAAGAAAAUGUGCGGUUCAUUUUGAAGCACCGGAGCAGAGAUUAGGAGCCUUUAUUGAAUAAAGCAGUGACAAUGGA